UGGCAGCUUCCACAUCGAUGGUAUCAUCAUUUGAUAUUUCGAUCGAAUUAUAUAAUUAUUAAAUAUAAAAAAAUGUUUAAAAUUGUACAGAAACAGACAUAUUCGUGUCUAUCACACAGAUAUGGAACCAUUCUAUGUUUUACUGGCGUUGUCUUAGUGCUGGUAUCAGCUUUUCAGUUUGGCGAGGUAGCUUUAGAAUGGAGUCAAGACCAAUAUUCAGCUUUAUUUAAUGUUUACCAUGACAACAUUGGUGGGAAACUUUUCCAAGACAGGAUGUGUUUGCCGAUUCCUAUUGAUAUAGUUUAUACAUGGGUAAAUGGAUCUGACCCAAGACUUAUAGAAGAUUUAAAUCGAGUUAAGGCACAGCAUAUAGCACAUGCUAUUAAUUCAACAAACAAUGGUGUAUUAUCAAAGAAUGGAACAAAGUAUAUACAUUGUAAAAAGAAAAACUGUAUUCCUGCUAAAAUGUUAAUAUUCAGUAAGGUUCUUCCUUUAGCAGUAACCAGUGACCAGCUAUCACUCUAUAAUCCAACAUUUUCAAAAAUAACACAAUUAUUCAAUAAGACUGUAACUAAAGAUGGCGGGCCAACAUACACUUUGGCAGAGUUUUCUAACCAAGAAGAAGUUGAUAGUAUAUUGAAAGAUACAAAGUUUCUGACUAUGGGGGGUAAAAAUCUCACUUUCUACAGAGUCUAUAUUACUAGUGAGUUGACCGGUGACAGCACAAUGUUGCUGAAAGACAGACUAAUGGUGACUGGUGUUGGCAAGAACACAACUCAGGUGCAAGUUAGAAACAUUGUCACUGAGGACAACUUAAGAGAGAAGAUCACUGAGGUUGAACUCCACACGGCAGAGGGUUUGGCCUUGAUAACGGUUCCUGAUGAAGAAGCUUUCAAAUCUAUCCUUUCCCAGAGUGAACAUACUGCUGACAACGCAAAUGAUAUGAAAAUUGUUGCUGUGAACCUUAUAUGGAACAUUGAGGAGGAGGAGACCCAUAAUAAAGAGGAUGUGUCAGCAAGUAGAUUCGAGGACAAUGAAGAGCUGCGAUACUCCCUCAGAUCAGUGGAACGAUACACCCCGUGGGUACGGCAUAUAUACAUCAUCACCAACGGUCAAAUUCCAUCUUGGCUGAACUUAGACAACCCCCGUGUUACAAUUGUAACACACAAGGAAUUGUUUCAAAACCAUUCUCAUCUGCCAUCCUUUAGUUCCCCUGCUAUUGAAAGCCACUUACAUCAGAUCCCUGGCCUGUCUAAGAAGUUUAUUUACCUCAAUGAUGAUGUCAUGUUUGGAAAUGACGUCUGGCCGGAUGAUUUCUACACACAUUCAAGAGGUCAAAAGGUUUACUUGACUUGGCCUGUUCCAAAUUGUGCAGAGGGGUGCCCAUCCUCUUGGAUCAGGGAUAAUUACUGUGACAAAAGUUGCAAUAAUUCAGAAUGUGACUGGGAUGGUGGAGACUGCAAAGGAGUCCAUGCUAGUGCUGGGGGAUAUUAUGGUGGUGCUGGUGGAACUGCUUUGGAGCAAAUAUACUGUAACACAGGCUGUGCAAAUGGUUGGAUUGCUGACAAGUAUUGUGACCAGUCUUGUAACAUUCCUGAAUGUGGAUUUGACGCUGGAGACUGUGGAUCAAGGAACCUGCAUCGACUGUUCUCGGCUCAAAUCAAGUACUCUGGCCAGGUGGUCACAAUGCCACGAGGUAGUAUGGUGGGAUACUUUAAUGUAACAACCUUAUUUGGAAGUAACGGUACUAUCGCAGAUGGCUACUAUGGUAAAGAUAAAGUCGUUCGCACAGGAACUAUUGCACAAAAAUUCAAAACACUGCAUUUACUGUUAUACAAGAACUUCACAGAACGAAGUAUUUCAUUUUUUUUAGAGGGGACCAAGUCUGAUGGAACUGGAUUAAAUGUAACCUUUAAUGUGACAGUGAACACAAAACCUGUAGAGGAGAGAGCAGUGAUCCUUCUGAAGAACAACUCUGUGAACGUGACAGAGGAAGACACUGCUUUUACAUUUGAAGAUGUUGACUCAAGUCUCAUUGGUCCAAAUGCAAUUAUCAAAGAGGUUUCAGAGAAGACUGUACCAGAUCUCGGAAACAGACAUCUUCCUCCUGAUUUAAAGCAGAAACUUGAGAAACUGGAAAAACAAUUUAAUGAUAGUGACUUGACUGAAAAAGGUUUCAACAAACUAAAGGUUGCCCUCAUACAGAAUUACCUAGCAAGUGAUUUGAAAAAGCCACCAUUAUCAAAAACAGAGAAAAAACAGCAUGAUUUAAAUAAAAACACUGGCAAAAAUGACCUUCAACAAAAAGAUGCACAUUCACAAAAAUCUAAGGAAAAUCAAGAAGAAUUCCACUUUAGAAAACAAUUUAUUCCUGUGAAUGAUGAAGUUGAUUUACAGAACAAUAUUCAAGAUAAAAUCCAGCUAGAUGAUUUAGGAAAUGUUGGACAAAAUAGAGCAGUUGGUGAUCACUUUCAGGAAACUAAGGACUUAAACCAACAACAGCCUCACUUAGCUCAGCCACAGGAGGCAAUUGAUGGACAGUUUCAGGGAGCUGAGGUCUUGAACCAAAAACAGCCUCACUUAGCUCAGCCACAGAAGGCAAUUAGUGGAAUUGAUGACCAGUUUCAGGGAGCCCAGGGCUUGAACCAACAACAGCUUCACUUGGCUCAGCAACAGAAGGCAAUUGGCAAAAUUGAUGGACAGUUUCAGGGAGCCCAUGUCUUGAACCAACAACAGCCUCACAUAGCUCAGCCACAGGAGGUGAUUGGCGGGAUUAAUGAACAGUUGCAAGGAGCCCAGGGCCUGAACGUACAACAUCCUCACUUAGCUCAGCCACAGAAGGCAAUUGGCAAAAUUGAUGGACAGUUUCAGGGAGCCCAUGUCUUGAACCAACAAAAGCAUCACUUAACUCAGCCACAAAAGGAAAUUGGUGGAAUUGAUGGACAGUUUAAGGGAGCCCAGGGCUUGAACCAACAACAGCCUCCGCUUCAUCAACAAAAGAUGUUGGGUGAGGCUGCUGACCAGAUUCAUGGACUGGGUGUAGACCAACAACAACCCCCAAUUCAGCAACAACAGAUUGUGAUGGGUGGGGUUAGAGACCAACUUCAAGGUACCAAGAGUUUAAACCAACAGCAACUUCCACUUAAACAACAAAAGAUGAUUGGUGGGAUCAAGGCCCAGUUUCAGGGAGCCCAGGAUCUCGACCUACAACAAUUUUCACCUGAUCAACAGAAGAUGUUGGGUGAGUUUAGUGACCAUUUACAAAAAGCUAAAGGUUUAAACCAACCACAACAUCCGCUUGAACAACAGAAGUUGAUGGGUGGGGUCAAGGACCGUUAUGAAGGAGCCCAAAGCUUAAACCAACCACCUCCAGUUAAACUUCAGAAGAGUUUUGAUGGUGUUGGUGGGCAUUCACAUGAAAAGUCAUUGCAAGGUCAUCAAGCAGAUGGCAUUAAAAAUUUACAAAAAGAAGCACCAGAUAACUUUGUAGAGGCACCAGCCCAGAAAUUGGUCAAGGCUGAUCUAGUACGAAAGGAGAUCAAAAACCUGGCAAAGGAUGAUGCAAUUAUUCCACAAAGGGAUGAUGAUGUCAAUAAUCAGAAGCUGAAUUUCCAGGCUGCUUUGAAUCAAGAUACAUUUCAGAUGAAUAAUUUUGAUAACAAGAUAAAAGAAGAAAAUGUUCAUAAAGAAUUUCAGCCUUUGAAAGAUAAAGUUAACAUUGAAUAUGAUGAUUAUUUGAAAAAUAUAUUGAAAGAAGAUACUGAGCAGAAAAAAGAGAACUAUAAAAAUAAAGACAAUGCUCCUGCAAUGAGGAGACUUUUAGUAAAACAGACUGCUACCUGGAGUAUAGAGGAUAAUUUAUUCAUUGAACUCAAAGAAAGCUUAUCUGAUUCAGCAUCACAUGCAAAUGUCUCUGCCAUACCAUUAGAACUAAUAGAACCAGUGACAAACAAACAUAGAAAUAUACCUCACCUAGAGCAAGGAAAUAUGCAUUCAAAUCUUCAGGGACACUCUCAAAAAUUAGUUAAGAUGAGGAUAUUGCAAGCAUCAGCUAAAUCUGAUAUACUUGAUGUUGCUGCAAAGAAAAAGGUGUUGGCAGCAGAGUUGUUUGAUCCCUUGAAAAAUGUAUUUAGUACUGAUGCUGAUGAAACAAAACUGGACAAAUUAGCCAAACAAAGAAAUCAGUUUGAUUUGGAAGGAAGCUUUCUACCAUGGGAAAAAUCACAAAUAUUUGCAAAAGAAAUCAAGCGAGUGGAGAAUAUAGAGAAGCAGAAGGAGUGGGAAACGCCAAGUGGAUUGGGGAGUCGGAACCUCCUUGAUACGUUUGGAAACUCGCUACGUCACGUAAAUAAGCUGUACAACCAUCGAUUCGGAUUCAAUGCUCGUAAAGUACCAGCUCAUAUGCCGCACAUGAUCGAUGUUGACAUCAUGAAUGAGUUGCAAGAUGAGUUUGAAGAUGAAUUUGAAGCGACAUCUUCUCAUCAGCUGCGGCAUUCUCAGGAUAUGCAGUUUGCUUUUUCUUUUAUGUAUUUCAUGAUGAGUCAAACAAAAGAGGUUAACAUCUCUGAGAUAUUCGCUGAAUUUGACACAGAUAGCUCAGGAAUUUUAUCUGAUCGAGAGAUCCGCACCCUAGCAACAAGGAUUUUUGACCUGCCGCUGGACCUACGAACCUUGACCUCAUUGGAACAUCAGUUAAUUAACUGCUCAAAACACAUUCCAAAGAAACUGCAAGGAUUUGUACCUGAGGAUAAAAUGGAACUAUAUUAUGAAGCUAAUACUAUGCCUCAAGUUACUCUAGGGUUGGUAGAACACUGUAAACCACUUGUUGCCAGGAUGAACGAAACAUUUAAGGCCAAGAACAAAUACAGGCAUGAAAUUCUAAAUGAUGAUGAAGUCGCAUUCAAGAUGAUUCGCACUAAUGUAUCACAUGUCAUAGGUCAACUGGAUGAUGUCAGAAAGAACCCAAAGAAAUUUGUAUGUCUGAAUGAUAACAUUGACCAUAGUUUAAAAGAUGCAGAGAUGGUGAAAGCAGUUUUACAAGACUUCUAUGAGUCUCUGUUCCCCAUUCCCUCACAAUUUGAACUUCCUCAGGAAUACCGGAACCGCUUCCUCCAUAUGGAUGAACUUUAUACAUGGAGGCGUUAUCGUGAUUGGCUUCGGUUUUGGACACAUCUUUCAUUGUCUGCUUUAGUCGUCUUUGCAUUUAUGUCCUUUUGUUCUAACCAGCUUUUGGCUUUGAAACGCAAGUGCUGCCCAAAGCGACGUCCUCGUGCCAGAAGAGAACAAACAGCUGAAAAACUAAUUCAUGUAUGACUAGCAAAGAAAAAGGAAGCAGGCAAAGAUAAACUGGGAAAGGAAUAAAUGAUGAACAGCAGACGAAUAGCCAGGUGAUGGAUGGUUGAUCAAACGAUGUAUUGUGAAUGGUAGAUGGUUGCUGACAACAUACAAAUAUUAGACUUGAAUGGUUGAUACAGGAAUGAUCCAUUUUUGCAAUAUUUUUUGCCUUAAAUAUAAGAGUUGGGUUUUACAAGUAAUACAAACUAUGAGAUUUUUGGGGGGUAAUUUAUCAGCAUUUGUGUUGUAGAUUUGUAUUUUCUAACAGUACUUUAUUUUUCUUUAUUCACAAGGUGACUGAUGAUUGAAAUUAUUUAAACAUUUUUAAAGGAGGGAGACUGAUGUAGAUAGUGCAUAAACCUUGAAUAUAUUAUAAUGAUUGUACAUAUUGGUAGUAUUCAGAAUCACUACACAACCCUUACAGAUGAUGCUCUUAUCUGCACAAGAAAUGCCUACUGGAUGCCAGUCUCACUUAAAGAGGAGGUUUUUUACUUGACCAUUAAUCCAGCUUAUCAAUGAAAUGAAUAUAAUAUUAUUGUAUAUUACAGUGCUAAGAAAAAAACUAUGUCAAAGAUUUUUCACCUGUUUUGUAAAUUAUCAAAAAUAAUAUAAGGUACUGUACUGUCAACAAUCACCAUUAAGUAUGAAGUUAAUUGUUAAAGGUGUUGUAGAGUAGUUAUAGUCAGUAAGUGGGCCUUGUGAGACUGACACCGAAUCAAUAUGAUGUGAAGUAGUAAUGCUAGGUUGCU